AUGACUUCACAAAGCGAAAAUAUCGAAGAAGAACAAAUAUCAAAACUCGAGAAAGGUAGAGGCAUCGACUGCCAUGGAGGGAUCGAGACAGUCAUAUGUACCUCUCCCAGCAUUGUUUGUCUUACCCAAAAGUUGAUAGCGGAAAUGAUUGGGACAUAUUUCAUAAUAUUCUCUGGAUGUGGAGUGGUCGUGGUAAAUAAAUUGUAUGGUGGAACAAUAACAUUUCCUGGGAUAUGUGUGACUUGGGGCCUCAUUGUUAUGGUCAUGAUCUAUUCUCUCGGUCACAUUUCUGGUGCGCAUUUUAACCCUACGGUCACAAUCACCUUCGCCAUUUUUCGACGAUUUCCUUGGUAUCAGGUUCCAUCGUAUAUAGGUGCACAACUUGCGGGAUCGUUACUAGCAAGUUUGACAUUGAGACUAAUGUUUAAUGUAACUCGUGAAGCUUUUUUCGGAACAACUCCGGCUGAUUCACCGAUACGAGCGCUCGUCGCAGAAAUCAUAAUCUCAUUCCUCCUCAUGUUUGUUAUCUCCGGAGUUGCCACUGACAGCCGUGCGAUUGGAGAAUUAGCUGGAAUUGCAGUGGGAAUGACCAUAAUGUUGAACGUCUUUGUAGCCGGACCGAUUUCUGGGGCAUCAAUGAAUCCAACAAGAAGUUUAGGGCCAGCGAUAGUGAUGGGGGUAUAUAAAGGAAUAUGGGUUUACAUUGUGGGUCCAUUCGUCGGAGUUUUGGCCGGAGGUUUUGUUUACAAUUUUAUCAGAUUUACAGAUAAGCCACUCCGGGAACUUACUAAAAGUGCUUCAUUUCUUCGUGCAACUUCUCCAAACAACAAUGCUUCUAGUUCUAAAAACUAG